GAGUGACGCGAGCCACAGCCUAUCAGAGACGGGCAGUGACUAAUCAUGCUUUGUGUUGUAAGCAGCAGCCCGUGUAACAAAGUCGAAUAAUUCACUCAGGUUGCAGCUUCAGCGCAGGAUGAAGAGCUUAGUAGUGUUCGACUUUGACCACACUAUAGUGGAUGACAACAGCGACACAUGGGUGAUCCGCUGCACCCCCGACCAGACGUUACCGGACUGGGUGGAAAAGUCCUACGAGAGAGGCCGAUGGACCGAGUAUAUGGGUCGAGUCUUGACCUACAUCGGGGACCAGUCCGUGAGUCCGGAGCACAUGCGCGCGGUCAUGGAGAGCAUCCCGUUCACCGAGGGCAUGCUCGAGCUCCUGACCUUCAUAUCUGAGAACAAGAGCGACAUCGACUGCAUUAUAAUCUCCGAUUCUAACACUCUCUUCAUAGACUGGGUUUUGCAUGCAUCAGGGUUAAAGUCGGCUAUAGAUGACGUCUUCACUAACCCUGCAAACAUAGAUGCGCGCGGCUACGUGAGUGUGCGCUGCUUCCACGCGCAUGACUGUACACAAUGUCCUAUAAACCUGUGCAAGAGGAAAGUGCUGCAUGAUUUCAGAGAGAAUCAAGCUAAGGCUGGUGUGCAUUAUGAGAGGAUUUGCUAUAUAGGAGAUGGAGGAAAUGACUUUUGCCCCAUUAAAGAAUUGAGAGAAGGGGAUAUUGCGAUGCCUAGGAAAGGAUUCACCCUAGAGAAACUGUUGUGCAAAGCCAUUUCAGAGGGUGCAGAAGAUCUCAGUGCGAAAAUCAUGCCCUGGACCAGUGGCAAUGAAAUCCUCCGGGAUCUACGAGCUCUAAUUGAGUAAUACAGUAUUAUAUGAGAUAAUGACUGAACCAAUAGAACACGUUUAAUCUGCAGUAAAUGCAUCAUGUGCAUGAACUAUUAUUAGGCUAUAGAUAUUUUACACACACAAACAGAAAAAAAAAAAACAUCCCUUAAUUUACUUGAUAAAUUUAUUUGGGCAUGGUGUAAUAUCUGAGUAUAUGUUUGGUGCACAUUUUUAAAAAAUUGACACGUUAAUUUACAUGUAAGUGUUUAUGAGAGUAUAAAUGCAAUUUGUCUUGAAGGUUUAAUUAAUAAAAUAAGCUCACUGUUAGGAUUUAACAGGUAUUUAACAGUUUGAGGUGUUCAUAUUUAAUCCAGUGAGGUUUGCUGUAGAGCGUUAAAAUGAACAAAUGUAAAAGUUUUAACAUGCUGGCUAAACAUGUAUUUGCACGAUAUAGAAAUUCCCCUUUAAUAUCAAUAUCUAUUAAUACACAAAUGAAUGCCAUUAAUGUCAUGUUAUGAAUGAAUGCAGCCUGGCUGUGACAAAAUCCUUUAACACUGCAAUCUUCUACUAGUAUAAAAUGAAAAUAAUCUAGAAUAUAUAAUACAACCAGAUUAUUAUUAUUAUUGGAAGCCCUAAUCUGCCUUAGUAGUAUCAUAUUUUCAUAUAUAAUGUGGGCCUGAAAAGUCUGAGACCACUGUAGUUAUGAAUUCUGGAAAUAUUAAAACUAUUCUGAAAUAUUAAAACUAUUUCCAAAAGGAAGACAGAACAUUUGAAUUUUUAAAAUUGUAUACAGCACAACCUAUUAUUAUUAUUGAAAUGCUCAGACUAUUUAUUUCCAGAUUUUUAGUAUGGUCUCAGACUUUUGACUCCUAUUUUUUUCUGGACACCAGCGGUGUUUAUAAAGCCAUCCGGGUCAUGUAUUCUGACAGCAUAUAAAGUGUCAGACUUGCUGCUCUUGAUGUAGAUUAACAGUGCUGUGAAUGCUUCUUCUUGAAUAAACCUGAAUUUUAGAUGUGUAUUGGAAAUGCAGAGUGUUGUAUUCAAAGCAAACAGAGAUGAAUUGAGGAGAUUAUGGAUUUCAGUGUUGGUUUAUAUGACUGUUUACAGGGAAACUUGGAUCUGAACAAAUCCAUUUAUAUGACUGGAUCAUCGCCAUAUUGACCUAAACUAAGACCUUGUUCCUGUUAAUAUUUACAACACAUCUUGUGUCCUUUGUACUUGUGACACACAUGUUUAGUGUCCCAUUAAAAAGGAAUUUAAAAAAAGUUA